AUGAAAAAGAAUAAGGCCAGGAGAGAACGGCCAUUUGGAGAAGACGACCGGACUAGUCGCCUUCUCUAUUGGAGAAGACAACCGGACUGGUCGCCUUCUCCUUCUUCUCCAAGAGAAGACGACCGGACUAGUCGCCUUCUCUAUUGGAGAAGACAACCGAACUGGUCGCCUUAUUCGAGAAGACGGCCAGAUCUGGUCGCCUUCUCCUUCUCCUCCAAGAGAAAACGACCAGAUCUAGUCGCCUUUUCUAAAAUGGAGAAGGCGACCGAGUUGGAAAAGAAAGAACAAGAAGGAGUUGUUGUCGGCGAUAGCUUGUUUGACCGUCUCCUUCUUGUUCACUCCGACCUCUCCUUUCUCGUUCACCAGAUUUGAAAAGAAGAGAUGUAGCAGCAUCGCCUAGAA